AUGCAGGCACAGCAUGCCAAGAUUGCCAAGUUCAGACUUGCUUUAAAAGAACAUCAACAACCCACACUUCGACGUGAGCCCUCCAUGGUUGAAGGUGCCCCGGUGAUUGCCCAUGCCGAGGGACACUUUGUGGCUGGCGAAACUGAUCAGGAGGACACCUUGCCUGUGAAGGAACCAACGGGUGCUGGUGACAGACCCACCAUUUCACGAGGAAAAGCUCAUUCGUCUUUGUCUUUGGCCCCCACUGUUGUUUCAUCACCCAGGGAGGAAUUUUUCCAAGAUGCCCAGUCUAGACACGAUUCACCUUUGAUUACAGAGGAAGAACAGAAACAAAUUGAAUAUGAGACUGCUGUAGCCGCCCUGGGUGAGUCAGCUGCGGGCCUCCUUGAAGCAGCAGCAUCUACGACAUCAUCGGGGGCAGCACGUGCCCCGGUGACCAACAAGGAGAUGAGGGACAAGACAUACUUUAGGAUGCGAAGAUAUUGUGCUUCAAAGAAGGCAUCAGCUGAGAUCAUCAAGUUGUGGGCUACCAGGGAUGGACGUGACAAGAUCCGUGAGUUGCUCUUGAAGAAUGGUAUGCAAUUCCCGCCAGUCGAGCUGCAGAUCCGCAAGUGGAAGUCCAAGGACCCUGAUGGUGCGACUAUGUCAUCAGACGUGCCUGAUUUGGCAUCCAACGCGGAGGAUCUGCUGAAACGUGGUCAAGGGGAAGGUGUGUCGCCUGGGGAUCAAGCUGCAGCCAGCUCUGGAAGUUUCAAGUUGGUAUUUCCGGCUGUGCAAGAGAAUGCAUCAGCUGUGGCCAUUCUGCCACACUUCCUGGAAGUAUGUGGUCGCAAGUUGGACAACUGCCAUGGUGUGCAGGACACCCAAAAAAUAUAA